AUGGCAGCACACUAUUUAGCUAACAGGAGAAAAAAGAUGGUUUGCAAUUACGUUUGGAAAAGCAGCAGGGCUUCCUAUUCCGAGGAAGAUAUGAGCAAAGCAAUAGACGAAGUUCAGUCAAAAACUCUUGGUUUGCGAAAAGCUGCUGAAAAAUAUGGCAUUGCGGUAACGACUCUUCAGAAGCGAGUUAAGAAGAAUCAGUUUGUCGUGGUUAAUAUUGGUAGAUAUAAACCUACAUUUAAUACUGAACAGGAAGAAGAAUUAAAAAGCCAUCAUUUGAAUUUGCCGAAGCGAAUCAUAUCGAUCAUCAGUUUAAUAAAGAAAAGCGGAUUGCUGGAAAACAGUGGGCACAAAAAUUCAUGUCAAGACUUGGGGGUUUGUCAAUUCGAACCCCAGAAGCAACAAGCACGAUUUUUCGACUUACUACAAGAGGUUCAACUAAAAUAUCAGUUCAAACCAGAUCGUAUUUUUAAUCUUGAUGAGACUGGGGUAACUGUAGUUCAGAAUCCAAAAAAAAUAAUAGCGCAAAAGGGAAAAAAGCAAGUUGGGAGAGCUAUUUCUGCUGAACGUGGAAAAACGGCCACGGUUGUGGCCUGUGUAAACGCUUUUGGAUCUUUUAUUCCUCCAGUAUUGAUUUACAAACGUGUAAGACUGAACCCCAAUUUAUUAACCGGGGCUAUUCCAGGAACCAUAGGAAUUCCUAGCCCCACCGGUUGGAUAGAUACGGAUAUCUACUUUAAGGUGGUCGAGCAUUUUAUUAAAUCAGUUCGAGCUAGUAAGGAUAACCCAACGCUACUUAUCGUUGAUGAACACAGCAGCCAUAAAUCUUUAAAGGCAGUAAAUUUGUGUCGAGAGCAUGGCAUUGUUGUAAUAACAUUACAACCACAUUGCACUUAUCGCCUUCAGCCCCUUGAUCUCACGGUGUUUGGUCCUUUUAAAUCUUAUUUAAAUUCGGAAAUGGAUAUUUGGAUGACCAACCAUCCAGGAGAACGAAUCACAGAAUAUGACAUGGGUCCUUUAAUAGGCAAUGCAUUCAUGAGAGCAGCUACUCCUAAUAAUAUUUGCAGCGGCUUCAAAACGUCAGGUAUUUUUCCAUACAAUCCAAAUGUUUUUUCUGAUGACGACUACGCCGCAGCAGAUGCAGUUAACGCUGGUUUGAAGGAAGUAUUAGGUGAUAAAAAUAUGAAUAACGAAGAAGCAAAAGACAAGAAAAGCGUAGACAGUGACAUAGAAGGUGAUAUAAAGAGAUUAGAAAGUCCUAAUGUGUCUGUGUCAGAAUUGCUACCACUUCCAAAAUCUAAACAAAAAGCUUCUAAAAAAAACGAUCAACCGAGUUCAGCAAAAGUCAGAAAUUCUAAAAAAGUACUGAGGGUAAAAAGGAACAUAUAUGACGAAGAGCCAGGUGUAUCGGGAAUAAAAACAAAGAAGAAAGUUGUCAAGAAACAAAAACUAAAUAAAGAGGACGAUAAUUGUGAAUGCAUUUAUUGCGGAGGUAAAUUCAGCGACUCUGCCGAAGAUUGGAUAAGAUGUGCUACAUGUGGCUUAUGGUCACACGAGGACUGCACAGAGGUUGAACUGAGAGAGCCAGCUUUAGACCCCGCAGUGGGAAAAUCACUAGGUCUUCGCAGUAGGAAAUAUCUCCAGAUCCCCGCUAAGGGUAAACCACUAGGUCCCUGCAGUGGGAAAAUCACUAGACCCCUGCAGUGGAAAAAUCACUAG